CGCGCUGCCGUCGGUCGGAUGAACGUUCCCGGUGUGUACUUCAGACACAGCUGAGUUCUACACUUGAAAGGCUUUUGUUUGGACCCGUGACACAAACAGGAUGUUUUUAGAAGUGGACUCCUCCUGUAGUUCGAACUUUAAAGAACAAAAGUAAAAAAAAUAAAAACAGGAAGUGGAUCCGACAAAGAGCUGAGAGAGAAGAAGAAGAAGAAGGGCACGAGGACCCGGAAGAGCAGCAUGUGAAUGCAGGUCAAAGGUCGACAUCCUGGUGAGCGUCCUGGUGGGGGGGGGUCUGCAGAUGGAGCGCUUCCACUGGGUUCGUCACCGCUGCAGGCGGAUGCUGACGGCGGGCGGCGGUAGAGGGCGCUACGCCGCCGCCGAUACUCCACCUGAGAAAAGCUCGCCACGAAGACACGGAGUGAAGAGGAGGAGAGUGUGGGCCCGCUACGGACCCCAGACCCAAGAGUACGAGUCCACCUGCAGAAGAUACAAAGGAAACACCAUCCGCACCACCAAGUACAGCCUGCUGACGUUCAUCCCCAUGAACCUGUUCCAGCAGUUCCACAGGGCUGCUAACCUCUACUUCCUGUUCCUGGCCUUACUCAACUGGGUUCCUGUGGUGGAGGCCUUUCAGAAGGAGAUCACCAUGAUCCCUCUGCUGGUGGUUCUGACCGUUAUCGCCAUCAAAGACGCCUUAGAAGACUACAGACGCUACCUGUUCGACAAGAAGGUCAACAACAACACAGCACAAGUCUACUGCGGGACACAGAGGACAUAUGUGGAGCGCUGUUGGAAGGACGUGUGUGUUGGAGACUUUGUCCGUCUGUCCUGUAAUGAGAUCAUUCCUGCAGACAUGCUGCUGCUCUACUCCUCAGACCCUCGGAGGGUCUGUUACAUAGAAACUGCCAACCUGGACGGAGAAACCAACCUGAAGCAGAAACAGGUGGUGUCCAACCUGCCACUGCAGGACGCUGACUUCACUCCUGAAAACUUCCACAGUCACAUCGAGUGUGAAAACCCCAACAACGACCUCUGCAGGUUCAGAGGGUACAUGGAACAUCCCGGUGGUCUUCGGGUCGGUCUCCACAACGGGAACCUCCUCCUGAGGAGCUGCACCAUCCGGAACACUGAGACUGUGGUGGGCAUCGUGGUCUACGCCGGUCAUGAAACUAAAGCCAUGAUGAACAACAGCGGUCCCAGAUACAAACGCAGUCGACUGGAGCGUCGACUGAACACAGAUGUGCUGUGGUGUGUUCUGCUGCUGGUACUAAUGUGUCUGACUGCAGCUGUAGGACAUGGUCUGUGGCUGAAACACCACCCUAACCCCAUGUUCCAGGUGGAUGCAGACACGUCUCCGGCUCUGGCUGGAUUCUACGUCUUCUGGACCAUGAUCAUCGUCCUUCAGGUCCUCAUUCCCAUCUCUCUCUACGUGUCCAUUGAGAUCGUCAAACUGGGUCAGAUCUACUUCAUCCACCAGGACCUGGACCUGUUCCACCAGCAGACCGACUCCAGGAUCCAGUGUCGGGCCCUGAACAUUACAGAGGACCUGGGGCAGGUCCAGUACCUGUUCUCUGAUAAGACUGGAACCCUGACUGAGAACCAGAUGGUGUUCCGCCGCUGCAGCAUCUACGGAGUGGAAUAUCCACAUGAGGACAACGCUCGUCGGCUGCAGAUGUACCAGCAGAAGGACGACGCUGCAGGUCGCUCCGUCACUCUUCGGUCCGGCUGCAGCAGAAAGUCUCUGAGCUGUCGUUCUCUGAGCUGUAACCGCAGUUCAGUGUCUCUGAACACGUUAACGGCCGAGUCCGAGGACGAGGACGAUCCACUGUCCACGCACAGUGUCCACCAGUGGACGUCCACCUGCAGCAGCAUGGCUAAGGACGUGGUUCCAGACCCAGAGCUGGUCCGUAAACUGGGCUGGCUCUGUUCUCCUGUCCUGUCUCUGGCUGAUGCUUCCUCUGGGGCUCCGUCCACUCUGGAACUCACCUACAUCACAGACUUCUUCCUGGCUCUGACCAUCUGUAACAGUGUGGUGGUGUCAUCACCCAGCCAACCAAGACAUGUGUUGCCUGAAGCCAGGACGCCUCUCAAGUCUCUGGAGGAGAUCAAGCAGAUGUUCCAGCGCUUCAGCUUCUCCCCGCUGUCGGCCCUGUCCACGCUGACCCCCCCUCAGAUCAAAGGCAGCCCCCACAGCUUCACCAGCCGCCUCUUUGCACGAGGCAAGACCGGAUCCUUCACCUUCUCCCUACCCCCCAACAGCAGCGGUAACACCGGUGCUUCAGAACCGGCUUCAGAUCCGGGCCCAGAGGGGGGCCCGGAGGCCACACCGAACCAAGUGGAGGCUGAGAACCUGGAGGACGCAGACACAAAGGGGGGGGCCGGGGGUGCAAACGCAGACCGGACCGGGCCGGGUGCGGAGGACUCGGCCGCAGACGGCGAAGGCGACUCCGACGACACUCUGCUGUACGAGGCCGAGAGUCCGGACGAGGCGGCGCUGGUCCACGCCGCCCGGGCCUACCAGUGCACCCUGCGGGGGCGCUCUGCGGAGAGCCUCCUGGUGGAUCUGCCGGGGAUCGGAUCUCUGACCGUCCAGCUGCUCCACGUCCUGCCCUUCGACUCCAACAGGAAGAGGAUGUCUGUGGUGGUCCGCCACCCUCUGACCGGACAGGUGGUGGUCUACACCAAAGGAGCCGACUCCGUCAUCAUGGACCUGACCGCAGCAUCCAAAGGUGCUGAGCAGGCUCAGGACCUGUACCAUCACAUCAGAGAACAGACCCAGAAACAUUUAGACGGAUACGCCACAGAAGGUCUGCGCACUCUGUGCAUCGCUAAAAAGGUAAAAACCUCAGGAAACAGUCUGAUAUUCCUGACAGUAAAAUGAGUGACAGCCCUG